GGUCUCUGCUCCGUUAUGGCCCGCAGCUUCGUGGGGAACUGCGCGCCUUUGUUCUUCCUCGCCGUCGUGUUUGACGCUGUUGGUCUGAUUGUAUUACUAGUCGGGAUUUUUGGAAAGCUUUAUCUGGACGGCCGCUUCUAUGGGGAUUUCCUCAUAUACACGGGCUCAAUCAUCAUUUUUCUUAGUCUAAUGUGGUGGGUACUGUGGUACACGGGGAACGUACAGCUUCACUCGGCCGACAGGACGAACUUCAUCAACUUCAGGCACUGGGCGAGGAAACUGUCCGAGAGGCUUUCCAUGAGACGCAUGAAGCCCCUGGAACCAGGUGACAUCAAGAAGAAGAGCAUGGGGAAUGGGAAGGAGCUGUACGGCACCGUGCGUGCGUCUGCGCCGCCUCCGGUUAUUUGGGAAGGUGGCAAUGGAGUGUUGUCGGGCCACGACAACAAAGGCUUUGAUGGAGGGACCGAGUCCGCAUCCCCAGCAUACAGAAACACGGAGCUGGGAGUGCUGAAGAGCUCAGCUGUGGGUCUGCAGGCACAGGACGGCAAAGCAGAGAGGCUGCUCUGAGAGAUCACGGUGAUGACCUGUGAUGGGCAGACUCCGCCCCCUCACCCUCCCUUUGCUGCUUUCCAAAAACUCCAACAGACUGAAAAACUGAAGUCACUUUGUUCAAAUUAUUAAAUAGGGAAGACAGUUUCUUAAUCAGGGAAGAGCCCCGCAUCCACAGUAAGGAGAAGGGCUGCGCACACUGAAAGGAAAGCUCUUGUACAGAACAAUUUUUUAUUUUUAU